AGAGCUUAGUCCAUGCUUGGAUAAGACGGCAAUUGGUAGGCGUGGAUUGAUGCAGCAAUGUACGAAAAUCUGAAAUUUUUGAUCACUCAACCCAAUUAAGUUUCCUCUCCUCUUCGCUACCCAAUUCUCAUAACUCUACAAAUCUCAUCCCGAUUCAGUAUAAAAGCCCUAGUUUCCUUUCAUCUGGUUUUAUUGAAAUCCCCUUUCUCUCCUCCGCAUUCUUUAUUUAGGGUUUUGCUCUGUAAAGCCAACUCACACAACACAGACACAAGAAGAGUAGAAUCAAUUAUGCGUACAUCUUGGGCCGAUUCGGAAGAAGCUGAAGCCGCAGCAGUACCUUCCACCAUCAUCAACAAUGGAGUAGUACCAAACAGUGGCGCCGCCGCCGCCGCCGCCGUUUCCGGCAACUCUCGUCCCGCCCGAUCAGCAUACGUUCCGCCACAUCUUCGCAACCGCCCUCCUUCUUCAACUCCUCCCCCUCCGGCGGUCAGUGCUCCCCCUGCUGCCAACACUCGUUGGGGCGGUGGCGGCGGCGGCGGCGGCCGCUCCGGAGGCAGCUUCGGGGGAGCUGCUUCCAACACGAGAACUGGUGGUUGGGACCGCGGGAGGGAAAGGGAAGUUAAUCCUUUUGGGGACGAUGUUGAUGUCGAACCCCCAUUCGUUCAGCAGGAGAACUCCGGGAUUAAUUUUGACGCAUACGAGGAUAUUCCGGUGGACACUAGUGGGGAUAAUGUUCCGCCGGCGGUCAAUUCUUUUUCGGAGAUUGAUUUAGGCGAUGCGCUUAAUCUCAAUAUUAGGAGGUGCAAAUAUGUGAAGCCAACGCCAGUGCAGCGCCACGCCAUUCCUAUUUCGAUUGCUGGCAGGGAUUUGAUGGCUUGUGCUCAGACUGGCUCUGGAAAGACUGCUGCUUUUUGCUUUCCCAUUAUCAGUGGUAUUAUGAAGGGCCAGUAUGCGCAGAGGCCACGGGGCUCCCGGACUGCUUACCCUCUUGCUCUUAUUUUAUCCCCCACCAGAGAGCUGUCAUGCCAGAUACAUGAUGAAGCAAAAAAGUUUUCGUAUCAAACUGGUGUAAGGGUGGUUGUUGCUUAUGGAGGAGCUCCAAUUAAUCAGCAGCUAAGGGAUCUGGAAAGAGGUGUUGACAUUCUUGUUGCAACACCAGGAAGAUUGGUUGAUUUGCUAGAAAGGGCUAGAAUUUCUCUUCAGAUGGUCCAGUACCUGGCUCUAGAUGAGGCAGAUCGAAUGCUGGAUAUGGGUUUUGAACCUCAAAUUAGAAGGAUUGUAGAACAGAUGGAUAUGCCUCCACGAGGCGUAAGACAAACUAUGCUAUUCAGCGCCACCUUUCCAAAAGAAAUACAGAGAUUGGCCUCUGAUUUUCUCGCAAAUUACAUUUUCCUGGCUGUUGGAAGGGUUGGUUCUAGUACUGAUUUGAUUGUCCAAAGAGUUGAAUUUGUACAAGAGUCUGACAAGAGAAGCCACCUUAUGGAUCUUCUUCAUGCACAGAGAGAAAAUGGAACUCAUGGAAAGCAAGCCUUGACUUUAGUUUUUGUCGAGACAAAGAAAGGAGCUGAUGCUUUGGAACAUUGGCUAUGCAUAAAUGGGUUUCCAGCUACUUCUAUUCAUGGUGAUAGAUCGCAGCAGGAAAGAGAACACGCUUUGAGAUUAUUCAAAAGUGGUGCAACUCCAAUUCUGGUGGCAACUGAUGUGGCAGCACGGGGUCUUGAUAUUCCUCAUGUUGCUCAUGUGGUAAAUUUUGACCUUCCCAAUGACAUCGAUGACUAUGUCCAUCGGAUAGGACGAACUGGCCGAGCUGGUAAAACAGGAUUGGCCACUGCAUUCUUCAAUGAAAAUAAUUCGUCAUUGGCUCGGGGCCUUGCUGAACUAAUGCAAGAAUCAAACCAAGAAGUGCCUGCUUGGCUUUCACGUUAUGCAGCUCGGUCUUCUUAUGGCGGAGGGGGAAGAAACCGUCGAUCAGGUGGGGGUCGUUUCGGUGGCCGGGAUUUCCGAAGGGAUACUUCUUUUAAUAGAUCUGGAGGCGGUGGCGAUUACUAUGGUGGAGGUAGAAGUAACAGCGGAUAUGGAGCUUCUGGCAGCAGUUAUGGAGGUGGUGGAUAUGGUGCAGGUGUGACUAGUGCGUGGGACUAGUGUCCCCUAUAAUUUACAUGGCUCAUUUCUCUAAAAUAUAAUUGAGACGUGGCUGCAUGCCCUUUUUUUUCUUUUUUUGUUUCAUAUUUGCGUUAGAUCCUGUCAUAGUUCAAAAAAUGAUAUUUUGUUCAACUGUUAUUAAUCCCUAGUUGGUAUUCUUACAGUUGAUAUAUUUUUUUUUUACCCGGUUAUAUGUUUUGGAGAGGCCUGCAGGCCACCUCCCUUGAAGGAUCUUAGAAGAGGCUUUGUAACAAUGGAAAAAAUGACGUUUAAAGUCAACUACCAGAUUCUACUCU